UCAGAACUACAGGAGGACAAUUCUGGCACAUCUUUAACCUCGCCCGCAUUUGUAAAUCAUAAACCCUCCAUUACUCCAUCAGAGGAGGCGGACGAAUCGAGCAGCGAGUUCCUCGUAGUUCGUUUACUCCGGUACGAAUCCCUACCAGCCUGUCAGGUCCCUCCUAUGCUGCAGGUUAGAGUUCGCCUGCCAGGAACCUCUGCAACCACCACAUCAAUGCUGCCUGAUGGACAGAGUAACCAGCAGCAACAGCACUCCCCCACACCCCGAGAAGACUUGGCUGCUGGAUGCGAGGAGGUCGGAGAGGCAACUGUUAUUACUAUAGACCCUCAUUUUGAUGAAAUUUUAUCUUCUCGUGUACCAAAAGAAGAUAAGAUGCCAGUCGGACUCAUUCGCAAGGCUUCUGCUACUCUCCGGCCUCCGAUGACUAGCUGCGCUUUGCCCGUGGACGAGAUAAACCCAAAGCUUUUAAUUUCUUCAUCCCGGAAGGGCUUUCCUAUCCCCAAAAUUUAUCAACAGUUUCGGCGAGAAACCUUGGUACCAGUUGGACAUACUAAUGAUGCAACUAUCGAUCCGAUUGAGCGAGUACUUAGGGUAGCAUCUGGUGAUCCAUAUGAAGAGGAAACUUUCGGCGGCAGCUUUUUAACUGGUUUGCAGGGUUCGCCAACCGACAGACCUGGGCAGAAACUGAGGCCGGCUGGAUCACUAUCUGGGGCUAGACAAAUCACACACGAAGAUCUGACGCCAACACAUCGUCUCCUUAUACAUGACGUAAAGUUGCGCUGGAAUGAGGCAAAUCGAGACCUUGUCUACACGAUGAUGGAUACCUACCAGCAUGCACGAGCUCUAAAACGCAACCUUUCUUCUCAAGCAAUCCGAACCAUCAAUCUGCAGCCGGUUAAUGGUGCUGGAGUUGGCACUAGUGGUGAAGUUGGUGUUGGUGGUGGCCAUUUUGGAGGCGGCACUCUCUUUAACUCCCCAAACGCUGGACCAGCCACCUUUAACUCUUCCGCAGGACUUGUACCCGCGUCUGCUGGAGCCACAGCCGUUAUGGGGCAGGUUGGAUUGGAUUCACCCAAUGAGACUGCCUCGUCUGGCAGAGCCAUUUGCACAGCGAUUCAGUCACAAGAAGCAGGUUUUUCAUCUGAUCCAAUGCAACUUGUCUCAGUGGCUUCUGAGAAGAGUGUCAGUCUGGGUGCCUCCAGUAGUCCACUCGGCCUGCCGAUGCUGCCUGAGUCGCCUAUUGACACUGCAUCUCUUUCACCAAAAGCACCACCAGCUCAGCAACAGCGUCCACUGUCAGAACUCUCCUCUUUCAGGUACAUCCCUACAAUCAACAGCAUUCCGAUGCUAGCCCAACUGCUUGAGGAGGUGGACACGGCCAAAUUCUAUGCCUACUGCGAAGAGGUGCAAACUAAUGUUCUUAACUUUAAUCACAGCUCACGUCUGUAUCAAAAUGAACUUUUCCAAGACUCUUCAGCUAUAAGCAUCCAUACAACUUGCCUCUUUCUCACCCUACUCUCUCAGCUAGACUGUUGCUAUUGUCAAUCGAUGGCCACCGGAGGCGUGGUUGCUAAAUUAUUACAUGCUUGA